AUGCUUCACUACUCGUGUUCCCUCUCCCAGACGCUGCCGGAGAGGAGGAGAUGCACCGACACGAGAGCCCUCCAGCAGCUCCACGCCCAGAUGAUCCUCACCGGAGACAUCCACCACCUCCCUUCCCUGAACAGGCUUCUCUCUCUCUACCUCUCCUCGCCCCCCCCGGCCGGAGGGCCGCCCCUGGCCCGCCGCCUCUUCGACCUCUGCCCCCGCUCCUCCGUCCUGCUAUGGAACACCCUCAUCAGAGGCCUCCUCGACCAGGGUCUCCCCCUCGCCGCUCUCCUCGCCGGCGACGAGAUGCUCCGGCGAUCUCCCUUCUCGCCGGACCAGUUCACCUUCCCGUCGCUGCUCAAGGCCUGCGCCCGCUUGGCCGCCUCCUUCGAAGGGAGGACCCUCCAUGGCCAGGUCCUGAGGUUCGGCCUCGCCGGCGAUCUCUACGUCCAGGCCAAUCUCAUCUCCAUGUACUCUGCCUGCGGGGACUUGCUAUCGGCGAGAGAGGUCUUCCACAGGACCGGCGGCAGAAACCAGGUCCUCUGGGGUUCCAUGAUCAGCGCGCUCGUGAAGAACAACUCGCCGGAGGAAGCUCUCGCGGUGUUCUCGGAGAUGGCGGAGUCCGGCGAGGAGGCCGACGAGGUGACCCUCACGAUCGCCAUCUCCGCCUGCGCCGAGCUGAGAGACCUUCACUUGGGGAAGAGACUCCACUCCGCCAUUGCCGCCAAGUCCUGCCGGAUAAGAAGAAGAGGAAGAAGAAGAAGCUCCGUCGUGCUGGGGACGGCGCUGGUGGACAUGUACGCGAAAUGCGGCGCGCCGGACAUGGCGAAGACAGUGUUCGACCAGAUGCCGGAGAGAAACGUGGUGGCCUGGUCUGCCAUGAUUUCUGGGUUCGCUCAGAACAACCAGUGCGAGGAAGCGCUGGACCUCUUAAAGACCAUGCUAGAGGAAGCCGACGCCAAGCCCAACGCCGUUACCCUCUCGGCGGCGCUCUCCGCCUGCGCACAGAUGGGCGAUCUCAGUGCAGGAAGAUGGAUCCACGCUUACAUAGAUCGAUCUGGGAUGGAAUGGUCCACCAGCCUGAUGAACUCCAUGGCCGACAUGUACGCCAAAUGCGGAAGCAUCGAAAUCGCCUGCGAGAUCUUCGACAGAAUACCCAACAAGGACGUCGUCUCCUGGAACGUCGUCAUCUCCGGGCUGGCCAUUCACGGGCGGGGCGAGCUCGCGCUGGAAAAGUUCUCCCAGAUGCAGAGAGAAGGGCUGAAACCAGACGACAUCACCUUCAUCGGGGUGCUCUCUGCCUGCAGCCACGUAGGGCUGACGGAAGAAGGUCGCCGCCAUUACAGGAACAUGAGGAGAGUUUACGGGAUCAUCCCGAAGCUCGAGCACGAUGGAUGCAUGGUGAAUCUGCUGUGUAGGGCGGGGAUGCUGGAGGAGGCGAAGGAGUUCAUCAGGGGGAUGGCGGCAGAGCCGGGAGGGGAAGUAUGGGGGGCUCUGCUCGGCGGCUGUGCGGUCUUCGACGAGCUCGAGCUGGCGGCGCGCGCCGCCGGGCAACUUCUCGGCGGCGUAGAGACGGGCCGCGAUGGUGCCUGCGUUCUGCUAUCGAACAUGCUCGCUGGGAGGCGGCGGUGGGGAGAUAAGCGGAGAGUGCGGGAGUUCAUGGAGGAGAAAGGGAUCAAGAAGACGCCUGGUUGCAGCUCCAUUGAAGUCGAGGGAGUGGUGCACGAGUUCUUCUCCGGUGAGAGCCAGGAUCCAGAGUAA